GUUUAUACGUGCUUUAUAAUAUGAAUAGCUCUUGUAUCGUACAUACAGUUAUUGCAUCAUAUACCUUGCGAUCGAAUUUUGCUGCCCCCAGGACUUCUCCUCUGCCUACGGCCUUUGAUGGGCCUCUCAAGUUUUUUAAGCAACCCUAAGAAGCUGGUUAACGCUCGCAAAAGCCUCACUCGAAAAGACCGAGCAUCUAAGUAACAGUCCUAGUGGACUCCCAGUCUUCAAAGAUGGUUAGACACUGGGGGCUUGCGAUUACGUUGACAGUCAUCACCUCUAUGCUGUCUGUGGUAGAGGCGCAGAAUUACCCCCUGGUUACUGAUUCGAGGUGCAACUGCUACAGAACAAACACGACGACUGCUAACUACUUCACUCAUCAUCGAUUCUUUGACUUCAGAGACAAGUCGCAACAUGUUAGGGUGCCACCAGCCAUCGAUGAUCCCCAAGGUAGUGCCGACGCGCCGGUGACGGACAGUUAUUUCUCAGAUCCCGCCUGGACAAGCGUGUGGUCCAUUCAGAACUGGAACAAUAGCGCCCUUAUGAACGGGAGUUCAGAUGUAACUGGAAGUGAUGCCACCGUACUCAUGGUGAACUCACCCAACAACAUAUAUUUCGAUAGAAACACAGACCAGCGUUCUAGUUCUCAAACGUAUCUCGUGAUGAGGACCAUGCGCCACACCAACUUCCAAUCGGCCGCGGAGAUCGAAUCGCUUUCACUUGGCUACCGGUAUAUCUCUAUUCGGAUGUAUGCACGGACUAGGGGGGCACCCGGGGCUAUAACGGCCAUGUUCACCUUCCGUGAAGCUCCGCAGCUCGCUCAAGUGCAAGAAGCCGACUUGGAGGUUAGAACAGUCGACCCGAAGCACUCGAUUCAGUACACGAACCAGCCUUCUUGGAACGAGGACGGCGAUGUUCCUCAGGCUACGCGUAACGUCUCUCUUCCCGGCCGCGUGGACUGGUCUAACUGGCAAUAUCAUCGGAUGGACUGGACACCAGGGUCUACCAGCUGGUUCGUUGACGGAAACCUCAUGUCCUCCAUCCAGUUUCAAGCACCUCGGGACGCGAGUAGGAUCAUGUUCAACAGUUGGAGUGACGGUGGCACGUGGAGUGGUAACAUGACCGUGGGCUCUUCGGCUGAGAUGCAAAUCCAGUGGAUUGAUAUUGUCUAUAAUAGCACAGACUCGACACCCGGAACCCCAAUAACGAACCCCGGUGCUGGAAGAUCGUGUGUGAAUACCUGCAGCAUUGACUUGACUUCCAAGCUCGGCACUCCAGUUUUAAUAUCAGGCCCUCAAGGUAAGGAAUUUGUGCUCGUACCUAUGUUGCUGUUUCGUAUCAUUAGUAUCUCACCAAGAACUUUACUAACGUGAUCAUUCUCUUAACUAAUAGGUGGUGGUGGCCAAGCACCCGGUGCUCCCGGAGCCUGUACUUCAGCGAAAUGGGGGCAAUGCGCUGGCAAGAGCUGGACUGGAUGUACUGCUUGCGCAGCUGGAACAACUUGCCGCUUCCAGAACGAUUACUACUCGCAAUGCUUGUGACGGGUCCUUUAGUUUUUCUUGUGAUUGUGUUGUGUUCAGGCUGAUAGUAUCGGUAGUUACCUAGAUAAAAUAGGUAACAAAGGAGGAAAUAAUGUACUUAAUGAUAUUAUCAAUGGCUUCUCUAUUUAGUCUGCGUAGUAAAUAUUCAUUGAUAGGUACUAUAUGUACGAAUACGGGUAAUAGAGCUUCUAUGCUCGGGCCCCCCCUUUCGACCAAAGAAGUUUGAC